AUGCCCGCGGACGCCGGGUCCUCCCCGCGCACGGUGGAGGCGCGCGCAGCAGUGACAGCGUCGCUCGCCUCUAUCGGCGGCUCUGUCGAUUCGGAGAUGCGCGCUCGAGCAGCAGACCUCCACAGCAACUCAGCGGCCAUCUUGAAGCAGGAGAAGGAGCUGGCGAAGCAAACAGCGGCACUGGCCAAGCAGAGCGCGCAGUGGCAAAAGCUGGCCGAUGCCAGUACCAAGAAGCUCAACGAGCUGGGCGACAUCCAGAACUGGGCGGAAAUGCUGGAGCGGGAUCUGCUGGUCCUGGAGGAGACGAUGAGGAUGGUGGAUGGAGACGAGGCCCCAGACUCUGCGAGCGGGACCGGCGAUUUGCGCGAGUGA